AUGGCUGAAGAUGGUGACGAGAUCAAGUCCUUCCAGUCGAUGAUCCUGGAUCUGCCACCUAGCUGCAUCGAGUUCUGCCCUCGAUACCCCUCCCUUUUUCUGGUUGGUACAUACUACCUAGAGACAAGCGAGGCAGAGUCGAAAGAGACAGAGACGGACGAAGACGGGGUCGAGGUCGAGGUCGAGGUCGAGGCAAGGCAGGCCCAGAGCAAGUCGGGGAGCAUCCUCGUGUUUGAGCUCAAGGAUGGGCAGGCGCAAAUCAAAGAAACAAUUCCUCAACCGUCUGCCGUCUUUGACCUGCACUUUGCGCCACAGGCAGACCGGGCAGAUAUCUGCGCCGCCGUCUCCAGCACUGGAACCAUAUCCUUCUUCAGACUGAGCCCCGGGGAUCGGUGUCUCCAGGCUCUGAGCGUCUUGAGGAUCCCGGGGCUGUCCGGGGACGACUCGUUCACCUAUUUCACAUGGCACCCCGAGACACCAGGCCUCAUGGCCGUCACCACAUCCACCGGAAAAGUGAUCCUCGCCCGUGUCCAAGACAACUACGAGGAUAUCACGAGGCUUCGCACCCUGCUCAGCCACGACGCCGAAGCCUGGUGCGCCGCCUUCUCGCCGCUCUCACACCGCGACCCCGGCUCGGAGGAGACGCUGUCGACCGUGUACUCGGGCGGCGACGACUUCAAGAUGCUGCUCAAGACACACGCCACGCGCCCUGACGGCAAGGGAGCCUCGAACUCGGACCCAGAACCUGCCGCGUCCUCGGACAUUGACUCCGACUCCGGGGAGACCUGCAUCCCGCCCCGCAACAACAAGGGCAUCCGCCACGACGCAGGUGUGACGGCCAUCCUGCCGCUGCGCCUGGCCACCCCGGACGGGUCCGGCGUCGUCGUGACGGGCAGCUACAGCGACCACCUGUCCGUGUGGGGGAUCCUCCCUCCAUACAGGGCCGGCGGCAUGAUGCCGCCGCCCAACAGGCUGCUGAGGCGCGUCAACCUCGGCGGCGGCGUGUGGCGGCUCAAGGUCAUCGAGGAGCUCAGCGGGUAUGGUGCCGAUCCCUGGUCCGUCACGCUGCUGGUGUCGUGCAUGCACGCCGGGGCGCGGGUCGUCCGCCUCGAGGGCUCCCUGGGGGCCGUCAGCGACAUAAAGGUGCUCUGGCGCUUUGAGGAGCACGAGAGCAUGAACUAUGGGAGCGACUAUGCGUGGGUCGACGGCCGGGGUUUUUUUGGCGAGGACGCGGACGAGGGGAGCAAGAUCGUGUGCGUGUCGACUAGUUUCUACGACAAGAGGCUCUGCCUGUGGACGUUUUGA